AACUUCUCUAAAUCAUUCUCUGUUCGACACCCGAGAGACGCGUUAUUCAAUUCAAAGCACCUCUGGAUUCUCAUUUCUUUUUUCUUUAAAAAAAAAAAACUAUUUUUAGUGGUGUGUCUUUACACUUUUUUCCAUUUUUAGUCUCAUUGGUUCCUCACGAGAGACAGAGCUAGAAGAGAGAAAAAAAAUCAUCUGUUCUUUCGCUUCAGCUUCUCUGUAUCUGUAUUGCAUAAAAAGAAACUCGAGUUGCCUUGACCGCGUACAGAGAAAGAAAGCUUCAAGGAGAUAGAUAGCGUUUUCCAGAACGUGACUAACAAUUAUAAUAUUGAAAAAGUUCCUCCUCGUGCUUGGUCCGAAACUGACGAAAACAAUCCUAUUAAGACAAAAUCUGGAAGAGGAGACCAGACCAGACCAGUUUUGAAUUUCAGACAAAAAAAAAUGUUCGGGAUCCAAAACAGAAGAGACUUAACAAUGGAGCUCCAAUCCCAAAUCCCGAUCCUCCGCCCGAGCAUCCACGCCCGACGAGCCAACAUCGUCGUCAAGUUCCAGGACAUGUACUCCUUCACGGUGGAAGGAAACGUGGACGACGUGAACGUCCUGAACGAAGUCAGGGAGAGAGUGAGGAACCAAGGGAGAGUCUGGUGGGCUCUGGAAGCUAGCAAAGGAGCUAACUGGUAUCUCCGGCCCGAUACCCUCUUGAUCGGCGGCGACGGUGGCGGUGGUAUCGCGUUGAAGACGUCUCUGAAGAUCUCGGCUCUGGCGAAUGCGAUCACGUUGAAGAGGUUGGUCAGGAAAGGGAUACCGCCGGUGCUGAGGCCUAAGGUUUGGUUCUCUCUCUCCGGUGCUGCUAAGAAGAAGUCUACGGUCCCGGAGAGUUAUUACGGUGAUUUGAGUAAGGCUGUUGAUGGGAUGGUCACGCCUGCCACGCUUCAGAUCGAUCAUGAUCUGCCACGGACUUUCCCUGGCCAUCCUUGGUUAGACACUCCAGAGGGUCAUGCUGCUCUAAGACGUGUGCUUGUUGGAUAUUCGUUUCGUGAUUCUGAUGUUGGUUAUUGUCAGGGACUAAACUAUGUUGCGGCGUUACUAUUACUGGUCAUGAAGACAGAAGAAGACGCGUUCUGGAUGCUAGCAGUUCUUUUGGAGAACGUGUUAGUCCGUGACUGCUACACGACCAACUUGUCUGGUUGCCAUGUUGAGCAGCGGGUAUUCAAAGAUCUGCUUGCCCAAAAAUGUCCUCGAAUAGCUUCUCAUCUUGACGAUAUGGGCUUUGAUGUUUCCCUUGUAGCCACGGAAUGGUUCCUAUGCCUCUUCUCCAAAAGCCUUCCUUCAGAGACAACUCUAAGAGUUUGGGAUGUACUUUUCUAUGAAGGAGCAAAGGUUCUUUUCCAUGCAGCUUUAGCAAUCUUCAAGAUGAAAGAAAACGAGCUGCUUAUGACCCACCAGGUCGGUGAUGUGAUCAACAUAAUACAGACCACUUCACACCAGCUCUUUGACCCUGAUGAGUUAUUAACGGUGGCGUUUGAGAAAAUUGGAUCAAUGACUACAAACACAAUCUCAAAGCAGAGGAAGAAGCAGGAACCGGCAGUGAUGGCAGAACUUGACCAGAGACUGAGGAGACUCAACUCUCUUAAAGAAACUGGUACUAAGAACACAUAAACAUAAGAAGUAUAUGAGUGAGCCAUAAAGUGUACAAGGAGGGAGUCCAAUGGCUUAUAUAUACUUUCUGCUAAAGUAAAUAAAAUAGGAUUUUCUUUAUAAUUUUGAGACCAAAAACAAAAAGACCAACAAGAUCCAUUUUCUGAGAUGGUAAAUGUCAAGUUUCUUCUUUUCUUUUUUUUUUUUGAUAUAAGUUAUAAUCAAUUGUGAUCUUCAUGUU